AUGGCAUUGACGAAGGAAGAGCGUCUGGCUCUCAUCAACGAGAACUUGGCCGAAGUUCUGAACCCCGAGAUCAUCGAGGAUGUUUUGGACCGUGGGGAGACCCUGAAGAUCUACUGGGGUACUGCGACGACAGCCUCGCUGUUCAGGGAGUGGCUCUCGCUCAAUGCCGACGGCCUGAUGCGACUGGAGGCGAAUUCUGGCCUCUCCGCGCCCCACCCCCUCCAAAUUAUGAAGAUCGCACAGUUCCUUCAAGCCGGAGCAGCAGUGAAAGUGUUGCUUGCAGAUGUGCACGCCUUCCUUGACAACCUGAAGGCGCCGAUCGAGCUGGUCGAGGAGCGCGCUAAGUACUACCGUUUCUGUAUUACUGCCCUUCUCCGCGCCGUAAAUGUGCCGGUCGAGAAACUCGAGUUUGUGCAAGGUAGCUCCUACCAGCUGACUCCGAAAUAUACCAUGGAUGUCUACAAGUUGUGCUCCAUCACAUCCAGCCACGACGCGCGUAAGGCGGGUGCAGAGGUUGUCAAGCAAACGGAUAACCCUCCUAUUUCUGGACUCAUCUACCCGUUGCUCCAAGCUAUCGAUGAGGAAUACCUGGGGGUCCAUGCUCAAUUCGGCGGCGUUGAUCAGCGAAAGAUCUUUGCUCUUGCUAAAGACGUUCUUCCCCGCCUCGGCUACAAGGAGCGUGCUCACCUCAUGAACCCUCUCGUGCCUUCGCUUUCUGCUGGUAAGAUGAGCAGCAGUGAGCCUAACUCCAAGAUUGAUCUCCUUGAUACACCCGAUGUGGUGGCUCGGAAGGUCAAGAAGGCAAACGCCGCCCCGAAGCAGGUGCACGAGAACGGCCUAAUCUCUUUCGUUGAGUAUGUGCUGCUUCCGGCUAGUGAGCUGUUGGACGGAGAGCGAUGUUUCAAGGUUGAGAAGGACGGCGAGACCCUUGUGUACAAGGAUAUCGAAGCUCUGAAGAAGGAUUAUGAAGCGGAUGUGCUCUCCCCCCAAGCGCUGAAACCCGCCGUCACCGAAUCUCUGAACCGCCUUUUGGCUCCCAUCCAAGCCGAGUACCAAGCCUCGCAAGAAUGGCAGGAGACCACGAAGAAGGCGUACCCCGCCGAGCAACCCAAGGAGAAGAAGGUGAAGAAGGUAAAGGACAGGGGCAACAGACGCCCUGCCGUUAAGCCUGAGGAGAAGGGUGCUACCGAGGAGAAGGGCACCACUAACGCGAUGGAGAACCUGUCGGUGAACUGA